AUGGACCUGGAACCAACCAAAAACGCCAACGUUGGCAUCACCACCCAGAGCGUCGCCAGCAUCGACCUUGACCUCGACCCCAGCCAAUAUAUCCCUCCGCCUCCAACUGAAUGGGGCAUAGAGGAACAACAGCGAGAGUAUGAAAGAAGGUCACGCGCCAAAGCCUCACAAUGGGUCAACAGACAAGACAGCUCCCGGCCAGCUCCGGGUGCCAUCAUCAAUUCUCUCCCUCUGGAUGAGCGUAUGCGCCAUAACGACAAGAUCGUAGGCCUAGUCGACAACAUCCUGCACCAAACCUCCCACUCCGACGCUAGCAAAUCCAAACCUUCGUCCGUCCAGACCACUGCUGCCUUUGCCAUUGCAGCCCGCCACAAUUACGAUGGAAACACCUUCCAAGAUCGCCUGCUGGGUUCCAAUGCUGCAUUUCAAGCUCCAGAACCUACGCCGUCUUUCCCCGACCGCAACUCGAAAUACCAUGAUACAGGGCAUCAUGACGAGGACCCGACCAACCAGCAACUGUUUGGCAAUUUUAUAUACACUGGCAACUUUCAAGAAUCUGGUGUGCCGCAGAUCCAGACAACUCCAAUCGACGAUUUCAAUAUGGCGCUACCAGCCGAAACACCAUUCUCCCAACCCACUCCUUCACAAGCCACUGCCUCGCAGGUUCCGUCUACUAUGGGAGAACCUUUGCCCAUGCCUUCACCUGAUAUGGACGAGCCCAGUUGGUUGCCUGAUCUAGAUGAUGAUGACGACGACCCCUUCCAGUACAUCGGGUCUAAUCCUGCGCUUCAGGAAUCUAUCAGCCGACAAGAUGCUCCCAUUCGUCAGCAGACAGUACGUCCUCGGGACUCGCCGCCUAAUGGCUUGAUACCAUUCGGUCAACAGGUCAAGAUUGAGCGAGACUCAGCGUAUGAGUCAAUGGGACAAACCAAGACAGAGCCGGACAACGACAGUUUCAACGCAAUGUAUCAAACUGAACCGGACAAGAUGGAAAUAGAGGGGGGUUUUGGUCAAGAUCUUACACAGUGGUUUGACUUUGAGGGUGCAUGUGAAUCACCUAGAGCAUGCCAGGAGACACCAUUUGCCAGUCAACACUUUUUUUGA